AGACCCAAAGGCAUCAGGCUGUACAGUGGUUUAAUUGAGUAAACUGGCAAUUUAAUUAAAGGAUGAAGUUCACCCUCGUUGUUUUAGGCCUUGUGUGCGCCUUAGCCCACGGGGCGCCAAGCGUACACAAGAUAAACUCACCCCAUCCGGCUUACGUAAAAGAUAUAGAAAUUUUGCCAUCCGACGAUACCAGGAUAAUACGUGGUCUAAAUGCUGUCAGAGACCAAUUCCCCUACCAGGUUUCUCUGCGGUGGGCUUACCUUUCAUCGCCCUCCCACAUCUGCGGUGGUAGUAUCAUCAGUGCUGGGGUGAUACUCACGGCUGCCCAUUGUAUCCGGGACUACGGUACCUACACCGUCGUUGCUGGACUACUGAAUCGACUCGAAAGUACCUCCAAUACUCAAUCCCGAACUGCUAGCAACAUUGUCGUUCACGAAAACUGGCCUGGCGGUAGUUCUGUAUACCCAUGGGACAUUUCCUUAAUUAAAGUAGCCACACCCUUCACCUUGACUUCUUCCGUCCAACCUAUUCAGCUUCCUAACCAAGGUGAUGAAACUUCCGGAACCGUCGUCAUUUCUGGAUGGGGAAGGACAUCAAGUUCAGUUUCCGUUCUCCCAAGCACCCUGCAAUACACCGAUUUAGAAGUCCUACCAAACGACCAAUGCGCUAACGAUUUGAUCGACGUAUUGGGAUAUUCCGAUCCUUUGGACGACACGAUGAUUUGUACCAGCGGGCGCCAAUAUGUGUCGGUUUGCAGUGGUGACUCUGGUGGCCCAUUGGUCCAAGACGGUAUCCAAGUGGGUAUCGUUUCGUGGGGUAUCACACCAUGUGGCGUCACUACUGCCCCGUCGGUCUUCACAAGAGUUUCUUCCUAUUCUGACUGGAUUACCGCCAACUGGACUGGCAAUUCAAGAAUGAAGUUCCUCGUUGUUCUUUUAGGCCUUGUGUGCGCCUUAGCCCAUGGGGCACCAAAGGUACAAAAGGUAAAUUCACCCCGUCCGGCUUACGUAAAAGAUAUAGAAAUUUUGCCGUCCGACGAUACCAGGAUAAUACGCGGUCAAAAUGCCGUCAGAGACCAAUUCCCCUACCAGGUUUCCCUACGAUGGGGCUUCCUUUCGACGCCCUCCCACAUGUGCGGUGCUAGUAUCAUUAGUCCAUCGAUGGUACUCACGGCUGCCCAUUGUAUCGAAGACUACGGUACCUACACUGUCGUUGCUGGACUUUUGAAUCGAGUCGAAAGCACCUCAUCUACUCAAAGCCGAAGUGUCAGAAGUAUUAUCUCUCAUGAAAAUUGGCCUGGCGGUAGCGAUCCAGGACCGUGGGACAUUGCCCUAAUGAGAGUUACCACACCCUUCACCUUGACUUCUUCCGUCCAACCUGUUGGACUUCCCAACCAAGGUGAUAAUGUAUCUGGAUCCGUCGUUAUUUCUGGAUGGGGAAGGACUUCAAGUUCAGUUUCCACUCUCCCAAGGACUCUACAAUACGUCAACUUAGAAAUUCUUCCAAACAACCAAUGCGCUAUUGAUUUAAUCAGUGUAUUGGGAUAUUCCGAUCCUUUGGACAGUUCGAUGAUUUGUACCAGUGGACGACGAUAUGAAGGAACAUGCAGUGGUGAUUCUGGUGGCCCAUUGGUCCAAGACGGCGUCCAAGUGGGUGUUGUCUCCUGGGGUAUCACACCAUGUGGUAACACUAUUGCUCCAUCGGUCUUCACAAAGGUUUCUUCCUAUUCCGACUGGAUCAACGAGAGAUUGUAAAAUCAAUAUGAUCCACACCUUUGAAAGGCAUUUACUUCUGAGAAUGUAAUUAAAUGUGCUAGCAAAUCGAAGCAUUAAAUAAAAUCACCAUAAGUAAACAAU